UCUCUUAUAUAUAUAUAUAUAUAUAUAUAUAUAUAUAUACCACACCACGCCAACUUAACAGACAUCCGUAUAUCACGUGUACACCUUUCUUAAAUAUCCAAAUUGAUUCUCCUUCACUUCUCCCAAGAAAUCGAUCACUGAAAAAGAGUCCUCUGUUCCUUAAAUUCCUCAAAAAUGUCCAAUUCUGAUCACCUAACCCCAUCUACCGUCGACGGCAAUACCUUUGUUGCCAUGUGCCUUGCACAUGCUGGCAUCGACCGUAUGUUCGGCGUCGUCGGUAUACCCGUUACUUCCCUUGCCAACUGGGCGGUCCAGCUCGGAAUCCGGUUCAUUGCUUUCCAUAAUGAACAAUCCGCCGGUUAUGCUGCUUCCGCUUACGGUUAUCUUACCGGUCGACCCGGUAUUCUGCUUACAGUUUCCGGUCCGGGUUGCGUUCAUGGGCUCGCCGGACUUUCUAAUGCGAUGGUUAACACUUGGCCCAUGGUCCUGAUUUCCGGGUCGUGUGAUCAGAAGGAUAUGGGUCGGGGCGAUUUUCAAGAAUUGGAUCAAAUUGAAGCUGUGAAGCCCUUUUCCAAAUACUCAGCUAAAGCUACUGAUAUUACGAAAAUACCCAGCUGUGUUUUCAGUGUUUUGGAUUGGGCUGUUUCUGGUAAGCCCGGUGGUUGUUAUUUGGAUCUUCCUACUGAUGUGCUUCAUCAGACUGUUAGUGAAACUGAAGCACAGAAAUUGAUUGAUGAUGCUGAGAGUUGUAGGAGUAAAGAGGUUAUUGCUAAGCCCAUUGUUAAACAUCCGGAGAUCGAAAAGGCGGCUGCUUUGUUAAGGCAAGCGGAGAGGCCUUUGAUUGUAUUUGGAAAAGGGGCUGCGUUUUCUAGAGCUGAAAAGGCUCUGAAGACUUUAGUUGAGAGUACUGGAAUACCCUUUUUGCCAACGCCAAUGGGCAAGGGUUUAUUGCCUGAUAAUCAUGAGCUAGCUGCUACUGCUGCGAGGUCACUGGCAAUUGGAAAAUGUGAUGUGGCGUUGAUUGUUGGCGCGAGGCUUAAUUGGCUUUUGCAUUUUGGAGAGCCACCAAAGUGGUCUAAGGAUGUAAAGUUUAUCUUAGUUGAUGUAGAUAAAGAGGAGAUUGAGCUUAGGAAACCGUGUUUAGGGAUAGUUGGUGAUGCUACUAAGGUUGUUGAGAUGAUACAUAAGGAGAUUAAAGAUGACCCUUUUUGUUUAGGGAAGUCUCAUCCUUGGGCUGAGGCAUUAACAAAGAAGAGCAAGGAAAAUGUUUCAAAAAUGGAGGCACAACUGGCAAAGGAUGUUGUGCCUUUUAAUUUUAUGACACCAAUGAGAAUUAUUAGAGAUGCAAUACUGCAAUUGGGCAGCCCUGCUCCAGUUGUUGUCUCUGAAGGUGCGAAUACUAUGGAUGUGGGACGAUCAGUAUUAGUUCAGACGGAACCAAGAACCCGGUUGGAUGCUGGGACGUGGGGGACAAUGGGAGUUGGUCUGGGUUACUGCAUUGCAGCUGCGGUUGCUUCACCUGAAAGGCUUGUAGUUGCUGUGGAAGGGGACUCUGGAUUUGGCUUCAGUGCCAUGGAAGUCGAGACCCUAGUUCGCUACCAGCUCCCAGUUGUGGUUAUAGUCUUUAACAAUGGCGGAGUUUAUGGUGGUGAUAGGAGGAACCCCGAAGAAAUUACUGGGCCUUACAAAGAAGAUCCAGCACCCACAUCUUUUGUUCCUGGUGCAUCUUAUCAUCUCCUUAUUGAAGCCUUUGGAGGAAAAGGAUACCUUGUUGGGACACCUGAUGAACUUAGAUCUGCACUUUCUGAGUCUUUUUCUGCUAGAAAACCUACUGUUAUCAAUGUGACAAUUGAUCCUUAUGCUGGUGCUGAGAGUGGGAGGCUGCAGCACAAAAAUUGAGGGUGGAGGUCUCUGAUUAUUUAUGUACGGAUAAUGCUUGCCGAAGUUGUGCAGUUCUUGUAGAUUGCUGUUGUGCCACGGCAUGAACUUCUCAUCAGUGGAGGAAAAUAAUAGAGAAGGGAAUAGCACAAAUGAAACGUCUCUCCUUAAUGAUUCGUAUGAAGGAUUUUUUUCAGUCGUCACGUUCAUAGUCUGUGUAUGAAUGAAUUUUCGUAUACGUAAUAGAUGAAAGUAAUGUAUUUGCAACAAGUAUGUACCCUUGUUAUUGAUGAAGGUUACUUCAAAUUUAUUACUUAUCUUCUUAGUU